AGUGGUUUAAUUAUACAUACAACGCUAUCAGAAGAUACAAGUAUUCUGCUUUCAGCAAGUAGGUUUUGCAAAAAAGUGAUAAAUAAAAUGACUAACAAGUACAUUAAAGAUGGUAAAUUUGAUGAAAAAUUUAUUGGCAAUUCACCGUUUGAAGCUGCCACUGGAAUGUAUGUAAAGGAAGUUUUGUGUGACAAGACAUCUAACUAUCAAGAAAUUUUAAUAUUUGACAGUAUCAAUCAUGGGCGCGUGUUGGUUUUGGAUGGUAUCAUUCAAAUGACAAGUUCUGAUGAGUUCGCCUAUCAUGAGAUGUUAUCAUUUACACCAUUAAGCUGUCAUCCUAACCCAGAACGAGUAUUGGUAGUUGGUGGUGGUGAUGGUGGAUUGUUAAAACAAAUUUUGAAAUUUCCCUCAGUUAAACAAAUCACAUUGUGUGAUAUUGACAAAGUUGUAAUUGAACAAUGCAAGCUGUACUUUGCAAAUUUAACAUCAUCUUUUAACGAUGACAGAUGUACUUUGGUAAUUGAUGAUGCGUUUGAUUAUCUUAAAAAGAGUGAAUCAGAUUCCUUCGAUGUUGUAAUUUGUGAUUGCACUGAUCCAGAUGGUGAUAGUGGGAUAUCAGAACGAUUAUUUGGUGAAGAAUUCUACACUCACGUGCGUAGGGUGUUAUCAAAGAAAGGAAUAGUAUGCUCACAAACUGCCAACAGCAUGUGGCAAUUCGCAGAAAUUACAAAGGGGCUGAUAGAGAUUUGUAAACCCUUAUAUCCUGUUAUUGGAAUGUCUUACGUAUCUGUACCGGCAUAUUCGUGUGGACAAAAUGGAUUCUUGAUAUGCUCGAAAGAUGCAGACCAAGAUUUGCGGGAACCUUAUUGGAAAUUUACAGAACGAAAAUUAGAUGCUUUGGAUUUGAAAUAUUACGACACUGAUCUUCAUAGGAUGUGUUUCAAUCUACCAAGAUUUAUUCGAAAGAGUUUAUUUUCCAAAAAUACAAAUGGCAGAGCACAUGCUAUAGAAGUUGACAUAAAUGACGAUUCUUGUCGAAUUGAAAAUGAAAAAGUUCAAACAAAACUCCAAAAUAUACCCGACAAGAACCUGGUUACAGUUUAAAGAGAAAAAGUAUUUUUUUAGAAUGUCCAGUUUCAAUUUAUAUUUCAAUAUGAUACGAUAUAAGUUGUACCAUCUAUAUUAUAAUGCCCGUAUGCGUCUGUCCGUCCGUCCGUCCGUCCGUCCGUCCGUCCGUCCGUCUGUCUGUCACGCAAAAUGGUAGCUUAGCUGCGACGGGCGAACCCGUGGAUUUUUCCACGGGCUAACGACUAGUCCUAUAUAUUUUUAUGCAACUUUCUCAUACUAGUUGUUUACAGGCUAUCUAAAUUUACUAGAAUAACUUUGUAUCUUAUCA